UCCAUUGCCUAUACCCCACCACCUUCCACUCUCUAGAAUCCUCAUCAUCUUCCCCCUAACACCACCUCUUUUUCUGAACACACACAAAAAAAGCUUAAAUAACCUUUCCCCUCCUUUCAUUUCCCUUUUCUUUCUGCUCCUCCUCAAACCCUAAUCACACACACAAACACACCACUAGCUCCUUCUUCGAGGUGGUCAUGGCCUUUUUGUAAUUUUCCUCUCCAGGCUUUUCAUUACUUCCUUUCUUGCUUUCUUAGCUUUCACAUACCAUCACACAUAUCUUCCCUAACUAGCCAGUUUUAUUAUGUCAUGAGGUGAGAGAUCUAACAUGCUCACACCUUCUUUUCUCUUCUUUUUAUAGAAAACCUUUUUCCUUAGACAAGCUUCAAAAAGAUUUGCUUCCAUUGCAGAUCAAGGAUUCCAUCUUUCUAAAAGGGUAUAGUAGUAGAAGAAUUGAUCACCACCACCAACAUAGUUCUGAAUUUGAUCUACUUUUACCACUUCUUGUUCCAUAUUAUAAUCUUCCUUAGUUUUUAUCUCACACUUUUUGGUUCCCCACAACAACUUUUGCUUAAUUUACAAGCUAUGGACUCUGGCAACAGUGGAAGUAUCUCAUCCAGUGGUGAUGAAGAAUACGAUUCAUCACGACCUGAUCAUCAUCAUCAUCAAACACUUCUCCCUUCCACGUUCCUCAAUCAACCACCCCAAUUUGGUUCCCUCUCACACCCUUCCCUUGUUCCUCUUCAUCACAACCAUGUCCAUAACCAUAACCAUCCCUCUUUCUUUGAUGUUUCAUCAACCUACUUUCACUCCCUCUCACAACCCCAACCAAACAACACAAACCUAAAUUGCUUCCUAAAUCUGGAAACAGGUCCUUCACAAACCCGAAGAUCUGAACCCGAUUGCACUGCAGGAGCUUCACCAUCAUCAUCCUUGCUUCCACCUCAUCAUCAAGUCCUUGGUGGCAGUAUCGCCGUUGCCGUCGCAACAGACCCGUCGCUACAACUACGCUCCGUCGUCCACGACGACAACGCAAGGGCAGUUUCAUCAUCUCAAGCCAACGCCACACCGCGAAACCCGAAGAAACGAACCAGAGCAUCAAGGAGAGCACCAACCACCGUCCUCACCACGGACACCUCAAACUUCAGAGCCAUGGUUCAAGAAUUCACCGGAAUCCCAGCUCCACCGUUCUCCGGCUCAUCUUACUCUCGCCGCCUCGAUCUUCUCGCAACCUCCUCAUCCUUCAGGUCCAGUAGUACUACUUCCUCCUCUCAAUUGGACACAACCAGUUCCUUUUACCCUCUUCGUCCUUCACCACAAAGGGUCAUUCAGCAUCAGCAAAAUCAUCAGAAUCAGUUGAUUUUUCCUUCUUCUUCAUCAUCGUUGUUGCAGAGUAAUAGCCACAUGGUUGAUGGUUCCACUACCAACAAUUCCUCAUCUAAUAACUACCAACAGCAACAGCAGCAACUACCUCAUGAUCUGGGUCUAACGGCUUAUAACAAUAACAACAGCAUGUUGAACAUGCAUAACAACCCUAUCCUCGGAUUCCACGCUUCACAACAACCUCUUCACGCUUUUGGCAUUGGAGGGUUUGGUUCAAAGCCGUUACAAUCGCUUGAGGAUCUUGGUGUGGGCCAGGGCCACGUGAAUAAUGCACAUCUUGUUGCAACUGAAACUGGUGGUGGUGGUGGUGGUGGUGAUGGAGGAGGUAGAAGAGAUCCGUUAAUGUCGUUGGAUGGGAGUUACGGCGGCGGUGGCGGUGGUGGUAAUGGUGGGAAAGAUGAUUCUGGUGGUGGUGGUGGAUGCAAGUUGAACUUUUCAGGUGGUGGAUCGAGCACAUUGAACGGUGGUGACAAGACAUUGAUGGAGAAUAACUCAGCUGGUAGAGGGGAAGGUGCCGGUAGUGGUACUGCAGUUGAUUCGUGGAUUUGUUCCUCUGAUUAGACUAAACCGGAAUGCUAGCACAUGAUUGUACGUAUGAUUAGCAUUUACAAUGUUACCAAUGAUAGCAAGGGUUAUGAUAAUUUCAUUAACAAGUAUGCUAUUAUAGUUAUCAUUAUUAAUGUGUCUUAUUGAGACAAAACCAAUUGGGAACAAUAAUAUGUAUUGCAAUAGUUUUUUUUUUUUGGUUACAGAUCUAGAGGAAAGAUGUAAGCGAAUGUGCGGCUAAAUUCUCCAAUAAUAAGAAAAGAAAAACUGUUCCUCGUACGAACCCUUGUCUUGUGCUUGCUAUAUAUAUGAAAAACAUACUAUUUAUAAAAAGAAUAAAUCAGUGGGUGGCUGAGUGCUGCCAUCAACUAUGGAGCAUAUAUAUCAUCAUCGAUUAAAGUAGAGAGAGAGGGAUA